AUGUCUACACCCCCGUCCUAUGAUGCCGACGUCUUCUCUUCGCCACCCGACCCUCCCCGUGGGUCGUGGGCAGCAAGAGAGAAGCGCAGGAGGGAGAAUGGAGGCGUCGACCACAUCAUCAGCAGCCUGGGCACGCCCCUCGACCUCCCCGCGCUCCCACCCAAACCGAAGAAACCCCGUCAGAGGAAGGUGCGCAGCAAGGAGGAGGUUGCCGAGCGCAAACGUGCGGAGGAAGAAAGCUUCCAGCGAGUCAAGGACGUGUUCGAGAGGUUGAUCAAGGGCGUCGAGAAGAGAGGGUACACCUUCCGCGUCGGUGAUGCUCCUCUUAUGUCCUACUUUGCUCUCAUCCACAAGGUCAAGGGCCAGAAGCCCACCGCGGCCGAGAUCGACCAGUUCUGGUCGGAACUGCAGCGCGCGUACAAGAAGUCCCGCAAGACCACCUUCGCGUUCACCUUGGACGUGCGCGCCGACGCCAGACAGGUGAUCGAGAAGCUCAAGACGGACCCGGGCAUGCUCGAUCGCCCAGCGAAGCUCGACGAGGACAAGGGCGUUGGCGGCAGCAGCAGUUCCGGCGCGGGUCAAAGCCCAGCCACUGCGCGCCCCGUCGACCACGGGGCCCAUUAA